AUGAAGGACGUGGCGGAGGGGGGUGAACGGGCCCCGAGCCAGGGGGUGUGGUGCCAGACGAGGCGGCCAUUGGAGCCGGCAUGGACCUUGCUACCACCGACGGCGAGCUCGACGUACCACAUGUCGGGGGUCAUCUACCACGGCCGAGGAGCAGGCGCAGGUCGGACUGCCGGAACAAGCCGCUGGACCCGCCGGGACCACCACUGCCAGCUGCGGCAGAGGAGGCCAUGGACGGCGUGCGCGGACCCCUGGCUGCUGGAGUCCUUAGCUACGGCUCCGUUCCUUAUACAAGCGCGCGUUGGCUGCGGCUCCGAUGGGGACGGAGGCCGGGGCCAGUGCGGCGAGCGCGAGCGCCCCCGUGCCGUUGGGCAAGACCGCAGGAGGAGGGCGAAGGAUACGGCGUCGAGCGGGAAGCGGAGAAGCAGGGGUACGGUCGGAUCUGCAGCGAAGGAGGAGGUGCUCGGGCGGGGCCUCCGCAACGAGGUGCUCCGGGCCACGAGCUCGGGCUCCGACGGGGCCUCCGGGACGAGGUGCUCCGACGCGGGCUCGGCAAGGCGUUUCUCGGCGGUGCUCGUGCGGGCCUUGCGGGACUGGCGGAGCUCACGCGCAGGGGCCGGCAUGGAAGAGGAGCAGGGACCGUCGGUGGUCAUCUCCGUCGAGGAAGAGGAAAGCGGAGCAUCAGAGGCGAGCGGUGAGGAGCAGGGGGCGCGCGCCGGAGGUGAGGAGAACGGGGAACGGUGCCUGGCCAAGCCAGUCUCCAGAAGAACAAGCGAUUUGGGCGUUUAA